AUGGCCACUUCUCCCGCAGAUGGCGUCUGCAUACGGACGGUCAGACUCAAAGUUCUCUACACGUUUGAUUCCGAGCAAAAAGACAACCACCUUGCACGGUGGCCUCAAUCCUUAGAAGUGCAGACCGCCUUUAUCGACGACAUAAGUCAGAUCGGCGUGAUCGACCUGCGGACGUGUUUGGAAGCUGUCACGACUGCCAGUCCCGAGCUCACCGCGCUCCUCGAUGGCGACUACACUAUUUACGCCUACGAUUACUCAGAACCUGAUACACCGUUAGUUGGGCAAGGGAUGUUGUCAAAAGCACUGGCUGGACAAGCUCAAAACACCGGCGCUGAUGGCGAGGCCAUGGUCACGGGCAAGAUCUCCAAGAACAUUAUGGGUUUGUUUUCCAGGAACGCUCAAGAGACGCUGGAAGUGAAGCUUCGAUUCACACCUGUCAACACGUUUGCACAGACCAGAUAUCGCUCGGGGAGUGUCAGCUCACAAGACGGGACGCGGCCUCAGUGGAAUAACGGGCCUCCCAUGCAGUCACUACAUGGAUCAGCAUCCCCAAUUGAUACUUCGGGACUAGAAACAAUGCAGCGAAUGCUGAGCGGCGAGACUCUGCAUGGAUCAGGAUCAGGCAGCAGACCUGGUACGCCGAUAACAACACAGCACCUCGGUCAGCCGGUUCGGCAGCCUAGCCAUCCAUCGCGGCCAAAUUCGCGAGCGGGAAUGCGUCAGACUACGGAAGGGAGGCGUGAGUCGUUCCAGUCUGGAUAUUAUAGUGGCGAUGAGAUCGGGGAAGAAGGUCCGGCAAGGAAGCGAGCGAAGACGACCAAGGUCGAUUUGCCAACAAAGUCUAACUUCAAUAUUGAACGACAACCCGAGUCGCUCAGAGUCGUUGCAAGUACCGCAUCAAGCCUCCGCCUUCAUCGCCCCAUCGCAAUAAACCCUGCUGCGGCUGUCCAGGCAAAUGCUCAGACUGAAGAAGCUGCAAGGCCGCCUACCCCGAUCCCUGCGUCUAAAACAGGCAAGCCACGAGGAAGACCAGGACGACCACGAAAGAACCCUCCUAGCAGUUUAGCCCAGAGAUCUCAGGUUAGGGAAUCGUCUCCAGCAGCAGACGUGUGUCCUCAGCCUGAGCUCCUUGCUGUGCCUAUUGCGUCGCCUGAGGACACUCGAGGUCAAAGUGUCAGCAGUACGCCUGCCAAUAUACCAUCGUCACCACCUGUCAUGCCAGAAUUUCGACAGCCAGCGAUUACUAGUCCUGUACUUCCGCCCGUGAUCGAUUCCUCCGGACAUGACUCAGGGUUUAUGAGUGGCAACCUUGAAGAUUUCUUCGGAGACGAUCAGUUGUUGCAUUUUGAUGACUUCAUCGUGGACAAACCGGAAGAUCAAGAUCCGGACGGUUGUCAGGAAAAGCAACAUCCGACCGAUCAAUAUCCCCCAGUCUUUGACGAAGGCAACGAGCUCGAAGAAGGACAACCAGCGCAACCGGGGUAUAACAUCAUGCCCCCGCCGCUUCCUGUCGCAUUAAAACCACUGGCUAGAGCACAGUCUUACACUCCACUACCAGCACCACGGAUUAGCAUGUCGUCACCGCGACUGGCCCCAGCCCCCAUUCCAAGAGCUCGGCAGAUCAUGGAAGAGCAACGUGAGCAACAGCGGAAAAUAGCUCCUGCGCCUCUUAUACCGAAGAGUGAUCCCGCACCCAGAGCACUACACCGAGCGCAAACAUGGGCGCCUGAUAGCGAUGUUCCUAUGUCCGAUGCUCCUGGAGGCGACGAGGCAAAGGCAAAAGCUGCAUCCAAGAAGAAGGUUGGCAAGGAGCAGACCAAAGCAAGAUUAGAAAAUGCUAUCGCAAAUGGAGUCAUGCCACCUUUCUGUGACAACUGCGGCGCAAUAGAAACACCCGCGUGGAGAAGAGCCUAUGUCAAAGUUUUUGAUUGCGCUUGGAACGAUGUUGAGACGUCUCUGAACCAUGGUGAAUGCUGCUUCAAGGAACCCAUCGACCACAAUCCUGACGGCACUGUGAAAACCUUCCGAGGCUACAAAGUGGACAAACGACAGGGUGACGAAGCUGAUGAUUGGGAGGCGAUAACGUUGUGCAAUCCGUGCGGCUUGUGGUUUCACAAGCAGAAAUGCCCACGUCCUGCUUCAAAAUGGCAGAAGAAAGAUCCCAAGGAGAAGGGCAAGCGCAAACGAAACCUACCCAAACCCUUUGGGAAGAACAAUCGAAAUUCUGGCCUCAGGAGUGAUGCCCAGAGUCCUGCUAGCGACGACUCUUCUCCAGCAGAUUCAGCGACUGACGCGCCUGAUGCGGAAGAAAACGACACUGAAAUGUCUCAGAACGGCAAUGCCGCCGCCGCCGACGAUGGCGAACCACAACUGCCGCCGAUCCCACGCUCAUUACGCGCAAACAGCGUCGGUCCUGGAACUCGAGGUGUGCAAGCCAGGACCCGUUACCAGACCAGUGGCAGACAGGUGCAAUCAAGUCCUCCACGUGCGCAUGGAUCAGAAGACAUUCCCAUCGAGAUUGAUCUGACUCCGAAGCCCCUGCGGAGACAGCUGUUCCCUUCUCCGGAUAAACCGCAAAUACGCUCGGAUUCUGGGCCCGCAAAUAUAACGACUAACAGCUCACUGCCAGCCUUUGUGAGACGAAGUCCCAGACUCAAUAAGACUAGGGAUGCUUUUGCAGCACCGGCAGCAGCGGUUGAAUUGGCAGUUGAUGGAAAGGAAAAUGUGGCUCCUGUCCCAGCAGUUGUUGACGAUGGCCUGGCAGACUUGUUCGAGGAGACACCAGCCGAUCUUCCGCUGCCGCCCAUGACUCCCACGCCGAAGAGACGAUCUGAGCGAAUCCUGCUUAAGACGCCCUCGAAGACACCACAACGUCAGUUUGGUGCCCGUUUGUCUCCCAACGCUGAGCAAACUCCCCAGUUCCGGACACCCAAGGCCAGACAAGAACCUCACCCUGCUCUUGCUGCCUUGCUCGGCACUGUGCAGAGAGACUUGCUGCAGAUGACACCUUUCUCGCGCUCAAUUCAUGAGGCCCUGACUAGUGAUCGCCCUUUGGAUCUGAAUCUCACGGAGGAGGAUAAAGCUCUCUUGCGGAACAGUGGGAAAAAGCCAACACCGAAGAAGGCCAUAUCAUUUGACUUUCCUGAUUUGCCAUCUCUCAAAAAUUCUUCCCCGUCAUCAGGUGACCAGCUCAUGAACUUCGCCUUCUCGGAGAUGACAACGGAUCAGCUGACCAGUGAUCUACUUGAUCCUUUCAUCAACCCUGCGAUGACGAGCUCACCGCCUACGGGAUUCUUCGGAUACUUUGACACCACGGACAUGGACAACGGAGUCAACUCGAUGUGGGAGAAUCUAGUCGAUGUGGAUGCGGCUUACCAUCCCGGGCAAUCUACGUAUCCUGACCCUGAGGCAUUGACUGCUCCAGGAACGGUGGCUCAAGGAGUACGGAGAAGCCCAAGAAAACAGAACGCGAAAUGA